CGGCGGCGGCGGCGAAUUAGGGCAGAGCCCGCGCACCGGGCGCGCGCCCGCCCCCCCCCCUCCCCUCACCGCCCCCGGCGGGAGCCACCCGGGAGCUGCGGCCGCUCCUCCGCCUCCAGCUCCUCCCCGCGGCGCCCGCAGCCUUCCCUGCUCCCCAGAGCGCAGCGCAGCCACCCCCAUGGCGUCCGCCACUGCCGUGCCUGGAGGAUUUCACUAUGAAACCAAGUACGUCGUGCUCAGCUACCUGGGCCUCCUGGCACAGGAGAAGCCACAGGAGCAUCCUCCUCCUCCUCCUCCUCCAGCUCAAGGGACUCAACAACAGCUUAUGGCACAACAUGCUCUGGAGAAAGAGGCUUUGGAGAAGAUUAAAAUAGAAAUCGAGGAGGAGCUAAAACGCCUUGAUGAAGAAAUCUUGGAAGCAUUUACCACUACAGGGUUUGACUGCCACACUUCCCCAGUGUUCAGCCCUGCCAAUCCAGAGAGCUCAAUAGAAGACUGCCUGGCUCAUCUGGGGGAGAAAGUGGCCCAGGAAUUGAAGGAACAUCUGCACAAAGCACUGCAGAGCUUGCUUAGCAAGCCGGUGACGUAUCAGGAAUAUCGGGAGCGCACGCAGGAGGCAUCUGCUCAUGCCAGUGGGUGGAACAAGGUCUUGGUGCCCCUGGUUCUGUUACAGCAAUUUCUGAUGGAGCUGACCAGACGGGGCCAGGAACCACUGAGUGCCCUUGUGAACUUUGGGGUGACAUAUCUAGAAGAUUAUUCUGCAGAUUACAUCAUUCAACAAGGAGGAUGGGGAACAGUCUUCACUUUGGAAUCCGAAGAGGAAGAGUAUCCCGGGCUCAUUGCCGAGGACAGCAAUGACAUCUACAUCCUGACCAGUGACAACUCGGGGCAGGUGAGCCCCCCGGAGUCCCCCACGGUGACCACGUCGUGGCAGUCAGAGGGCCUGCCCGUGUCCCUGUCGGCGAGCCAGAGCUGGCACACGGAGAGCCUGCCUGUGUCCCUGGGACCCGAGUCCUGGCAGCAAGUGGCUAUGGAUCCCGAAGAAGUCAAAAGCCUGGACAGCAACGGAGGGGCUGAAGAGAGGAGUGAGAACAACUCUUCCAACUCUGACAUUGUUCACGUGGAGAAGGAAGAGAUACCAGAGGGGAUUGAGGAAGCAGUGGUGCCAGCUGGGGCUGCAGAGACCAUACAGGCAGCAUUUCCAGAAACCUCUGCUUCUUUACAGGAAAUAAAACCUCCUGAAAUUGCUGCUGCCGAAAAAGCACAUCCCUCUGCACUUCUGCGUGCAAAACAGGAGGAAAAGGGAAAAGCAGCUGAAGAGCUUGUUGAACCUGAAAUCCCCGUGUUAACUAAACCUGUCCCAAAGGUAGCCCCGUCAGAAGAAAAGGCUGCACCAGAACCUGAGAAAAUACUGCUUCCAGGGGGAAAAAAAGCGGGGAAAGAGGGCCAUUUGGAAGAAAUAGAAGAGAAAUCCUCAGCUGCAGAGGAGAAGCCUAUCCUGUUGCCAGAAGGGAAAUCUAUACUGCUGUACGGCGGGGCUGCCGCGGUCGCUAUAUUGGCUGUGGCAGUCGGAGUAGCGCUGGCGCUUAGGAAAAAGUAACGGAGCUCUCUGGAGGAGGAGGGAGGAGAGAAGAGAGCACAUCCAAUUUUUGUAGUUGUGUUACCUAAAGGUUGAGCUGCCUGCUGUUUAAUUGGACUUCUGAGUAACUCAGUGGUGAUGAGGUGAGGUUGUUCAAUAAGCCUCCAGCUACGGACAAUCAUGUUUUUAGUAGAAUCGGGGCGGGGACUGGUUUUUCGUGAUUAAAGUACGGGGGUAUUUUUAAAAAAAAAAAACAAAAAAAUCUGCAAAUUUAAGAACUUAAAGUGCAGGUGCUGAAGAAAGGGGUGCUCAUACUCUAGGAACUGGAACAAAGGAUCCCCAGGGGAAGGGGAGAGCCAGCUGCUGCCGGCCCCUGGAGGUUUUGGCUUCUCAGAUUGACCGCUAUUGCAGCUGUGCUGUCUUGUCACUUCCCGUUGUGCCCCGAGCCCCUCCUAACAAACAUUAGCCAACCUGAGUCCUGUAGCGAGAGGCUGGUGUCCCUUUUGUCUCAGCUUCCUCUCAGGUACAGCACUGCUCCUCAUAACCUUCCAGGUUCCUCCUAAGCCCCAGUGGGACAGUGCUUAUUCUUACCUCUUGGCUCACACUGGUUUGGCCCCUAACGUUUACUGGAGCCCCAUCCUGUGAAGAUGCUGCCUCUCUGUAGCUGUAUUAUCUCUGAGCAUCCUGGUGUUGCUGGGGCAGAGGUGCUGCCCAGGAGGGUGGGAGGGACACUGCUGUUUGCUGGUUUGAGAAUCCAUUUGCUCUGCUCCUGCCCAGCCCACUUUACUGCAAACCCUUCAGUUAACAGAGGUACGAAAUUGAUGCUGGGCACGGUGCCCUUGGGAUCACUACUCUGAUAUUUGGGGUAUAUUCAGCAAAAAUAUAGCAAACCCAUGUGGAAGCAAGGCCAGUGCCUCAAGUGCAAUUCAGAUAUUAAAUGCUCUGCUGUCCUGUGUCACGCUGCAGUCUGCAUUGUCUUUCCCAAGUUAAGCACAGAGUGUAUUUAGUCCUAACUUGGUCUUGCCUGUGACAGAAUCCCAGAUAUAUAAAGCAAUGGAUUCUAGUAACUGAGCAAAAGAGCAUUAAACAUCUCUAUCUGCUUGUUCCUGA